UCGGUAUGAACAAUAGAAGUUUGCAAAGUACAAUGGUGUCAGCCCAUCCCUGCUCAGGGGGUGUCAUCGCAUCUCUUCUGGGUUUUUCUUCAUACACUACUGUACACAGCCCUGCUGAUGACAUCAGAUGCACCUGUUGACUUGUUUGUGAAGUAUAGUUCUAUCCGGAAAGUCUAUCUCGGCCACACCUUUUGGUGGAAAAGUCAGCCAUUUUAGCUGUUAAGUCGACUUACCGUCCAAAUUUGUGGGUCAACUGUCUAUAGUUGAUGUGAAAUCACUGCAUUUCUUUUCACGGAAGAAACCCCAAACUUUGUUCAAAUUGUUUGAGCGUGUUCUUCUCACAGCUGGCUUCCGUUCCUUUCCUUCCGGUUGUGAUUUUUCAAGUAAUCCGUGUUAAUCCGUUACUCUUGACUGGGUACUUGCUUUGAGAUCCCUUUCUUUGUUUUUAGAAAGUUUUUUAAACUAAACUUAUCUCAAGAUGAGUACGGAUAAUGUUGCUUUUACUCCCGAUGAAGAAGCUGGCUCCAGUGGCAAUGCAAAUGGGAAACCAAAGAGUGAUGAAUACAACGACAUCGAGCUGAAGGAACACCUACCGGCAAGCACGCCAAGAAAGCCGGGCUUCAACGUCGACGACACCCUCAACAACACCGGUCAGUCCAUUGACAUCCCAGAGGAAGGGAAGGCUGACAGUGCCGGACAAUGCUGGACGCACCUGGAUGGCAUCUUGGAUGUUGUAAAGGAGUUCUACGUCGACCAAAAGAAAUACAUCCACUACGCCUUCGGCGUCGUGGCUCUCAUCCUAUGGCUCAUUUAUCUUGUCUUCGCCUGCAUCUACGACGUAGAGGGCGCCACCACGCUUCUCAUCAUCACGGGAAUCGGGUUCGUCCUCUUCCUCUACAGCGUGUUAAGUGAUUUGUUCGGCGAGCAGUUCUACGCCGCUGCCGUCAAACCCGUUGAAAUUGUCUCCAACAAAUACUGGCGCUACUUCAAAUGGCCUUUCUUCCUGAUUCUAAUUGCUGGCCUUGCUGUGAUCCUUUACUUCCUGACCCGGGACAACCCCAACCAGCUCAUCUCCUUCUCCGGCCUCGUCUGUUUCAUCUUCUUCUCCUUCAUCUGCUCCAAGCAUCCUCGACAUGUCAAGUGGCGUCCGGUGAUCUGGGGUCUGGCCCUCCAGUUCCUGCUUGGACUCUUCAUCCUCCGAACCCAGAUCGGUUUCACCAUCUUCAACUGGAUGGGCAACGUUGUCCAGACGUUCCUCGGGUACUCCACCGCAGGCUCCGUCUUCCUCUUCGGGGACCUGUAUUACCAGCAUUACUUUGCCUUCGCGGUCCUACCAAUCGUGAUCUACUUCAGUAGUGCCAUCUCCAUCCUGUAUUACCUUGGUGUCAUGCAAGUCGUUAUCAAGAAGAUCGCCUGGAUCAUGCAGCGUACCAUGAAGACGUCGGCUUCUGAGUCCCUCAACGCCGCCGGCAACAUCUUCAUCGGCCAGACUGAGGCCCCUCUACUAAUCCGUCCCUACCUCCCGCAAAUGACCCGCUCCGAGAUCCACGCCGUCAUGACUGGAGGAUUUGCAACCAUCGCCGGAAGCGUCCUCGGUGCUUUCGUCGCCAACGGCAUCAGCGCAACUCAUUUGAUCUCCGCUUCCGUCAUGUCAGCCCCAGCUGCCCUCGCUGUUUCAAAGCUCAUGUAUCCAGAGACGGAAGUGUCAAAAACAGUAACAGAAGAAGAUGUGAAGCUGCCUAAAGGAGAGGAGAGAAAUAUCAUCGAGGCUGCCUCGAAGGGUGCCUCCCAGGCGGUUCCUCUAGUCCUGAACAUCGCUGCCAACCUGGUGACCUUCUUGGCUCUCCUGGCCUUCCUUGAUGGGGUACUCGGUUACCUAGGAGGAAGGGUUGGCUUUGCAGAUCUCUCUUUCCAGCUUAUCUGCGGUUACGUCUUCAGACCCAUCGCCUUCAUCAUGGGCGUCCCGUGGGAAGAAUCUCAGAGUGUCGCCGAGCUGAUCGGUCUCAAGACCUUCAUCAACGAGUUUGUUGCCUACGAUGAACUUGCCAAAAUCCUGAGGUUGAGGAAUGAGGGAUUAGUGAUAUUUACGGAGCGAUCUGAAGUCAUUGCGACGUACGCCCUCUGUGGUUUCGCCAACAUUGGAUCCAUCGGCAUCCAGCUCGGUGGACUGACGCCCAUGGCGCCCUCCAAGGCCAAGGAUCUAGCUGCCGUGGCCGUCCGUGCCCUUAUCGCGGGAACUAUAGCCUGUUUUAUGACUGCUUGUAUAGCAGGAAUCUUAUUCGUUCCUACGGGAUCAGAUAUGGUCGUGACGGCCGCAACCAAUGCCACGAUGAACAGCACCAUCGCCACGAUGAACAGCACCAUUGCAACUACGAUAGAAGUAACGACGGAAGCCUUGACGGCGUUAUGAUAAGGAAUAAAAUUCAUUCGUCGGCAACCCUGUAAAUAUACCUUUCCCCGAAGAGCGUAAUCAUUUUUAUAUUGAGUUGAGUGUGUGAGGGCGUGCGUGGGAGUGGUCCUGUCUUUAUCGUGAUAAACGGGACGAGAUAUCGUUUAUUUUUUUCCAAAGCUUGCGUUUGAGUAAUUACCGCCUUUUGAAGCAAUAGUAGGAGUGAUUGGAAAAGCAUCAUUUUGUGAUUUAUUCUGUGAAAAGGAAAAUUAAAAAUAUCACUGAAAAAACAGAUUUGCCAUUUCUGUCCUAUUCUUGAUCUUGAUUCCUCGAAUAUGAAAUAUUUUUUAAUUGUUACUUUUAUUUGUUAAUCAUUAUUCCCCACUUUGUUAGUGAUCCUUGAUCUUGUUUCAUUGAGAUACUACAUCAGAAAUUUAUUCAUUGACCCAUCAAUGAACAAAGAAAAGUAUUUAUUAUUGGCAGGGUUUAAUCCUUAAAUCUUUUUUUCCCUAAAUUGGCAACACAGUCACUUUUCUGUAAAGAUGGGUAUUUUUUAAAUAAAAAAUACAUGAAAUCUGGGUAAUAUCAUAUUUGAGAUUAGCAUAUUGCUGAUUUUUCUAACACAACAAAAUAUAUGUGUUGCCAAUUUAGUCAUGCUUCAGACGGAAUGAUACACUUGUGAAAUUCUACCAAUUGUUAAAGGUCAAGUCCACCCCAGGAAAAUGCUGACUUGAAUAAAUAGAGAAAAAUCAAACUAGCAUGGUGCUGAAAAUUUCAUCAAAAUCGGAUGUAAAAUAACAAAGUUAUUACAUUUUAAAGUUUCGCUUAUUUUUCACGAAACAGUGAUAUGCACAACUAGGUGAGUCAGUCGAUGAUGUCCAUCACUCACUAUUUCUUUUGUUUUUUUAUUGUUUGAAUUAUACAAUAUUUCAUUUUUUAUAGAUUUGACAAUAAGGACCAACUUGACUGAACCAUAUAGUAUUAAACAAUGCUAAUUCUACAUGUUCAGGGAGGAAUUAAUCGUUGUAUCACUUGACAAUGAGGAGAAAAUUAGAAUAUUUCAUAUAAUAAAAUACAAAAGAAAUAGUGAGUGGAUGACGUCAUAGUCUCCUCAUUUGCAUACCAGCCAGGAUGUGCAUAUAACUGUUUUGUGAAAUUAAGCGAAACUUUAGAAUGUCAUAACUUUCUUAUUUUACAUCCUAUUUUGAUGAAAUUUUCAGUGUUAUGCUUGUUGGAUUUUUCUCUUUUUAUUCAAAUCAACUUUUUGUUGGGGUGGACUUGUCCUUUAAAUGUGAUAUUUUAAUAGAUCAUCAUUUAAUGAAUGAUGACUUUAUUAUUUUCAUAUCUCAGGUAAAUCUAUUCGUUCAUUUCACAUUCAAAUAAAUUAAAAAUCCCAUCAACUUUUAAUUAUACAAUUCCAAUCAUUUAAUUGUAAAGUAAAUGAAUUUUAUGAAGUGUUGAUAUUUAUUAAACUUUUUAUACAGAUCCUCGUAUUUAAAGAACUGAAGCUUCCUGAAUGUAUAUAGCUAUUUUCCUCUGUAUUUAUUAUCCAGUAAAAAAUCCCCUUAUGAUAUUUUCAUCCGACCCAAUGAAAUGAAUUGACUCCAUUUUAUGAAUAGAACAAGUGCUCUCUUAAGGAGUGUAUUUAUCACAACAAAUUUUAAUGUCCUGACUGUCUUAUUUAUUCCUUGAUAAAAAAUGAGCUUGCUAUUUUCUUGAGUCUGAUGUUUCUUAAUAUUUUGCUUGUAACGCACAAGGUAGCUUUGUGUUGCUCGGUGUAAUAUUGCAAUGUUUUAUAUACAUCGGCUCCUUUAUUGGGUAUCGUACCUCGCUAUUCUAUUUUAAUUAUCAAUGCAAGCAGUACUUUUAUGAAAAAGUUGUACCAGAAAAUAUUCAUAAAUUUGAUGUUCUCACUCUUUUUUCGUGUGUGAUAAAUUGCACGGUGGAAGCUACAAGAUGGUGAUCUUGAAUGAUAAAGCAGCACAAAAUAAAGCCUUCAUAAUUGGAGAGUUUCUUAUGUUAUAGAAAUAUUUUUUUUGGGGGGUAGUUUUCUUGAUUUUCUAGCUCUUAUUUUAUCGAUGCCAUCUUUUUUACCCACUUAUUAGGGUUUUUAAUAGAGUAUAUUUCUUAGACAGAAUGAUGUAUAGAGAUUUAUAGCAAAUUUUAGAAUGUUCUUGUUCCAUUGGCAACUGAUACUUUAUGGUUUAAUCAGCUUACAAGAUUUGACAUCUCUCUGGCUCUAUUGUUUACAUUUCCCUACCUUAAACUUUUUUUUUUUCAAGAUAAAUUAUUUCUUUAUCACCUUCAUAUGACAGAUAUGAUAUAUGAAGUUUUUGCUGAUCUGUUGUGCCUUCAACAUAAAGAAAUUAACUCAUAAUGUGUAUUCAAGUUUUAAAAGCAAAUAGGCUCAUGUUUGGGUAACUGGUAUUGCAUCAUUUUCCUUUUUGGAAAGUUGUUAUUAAAUUGUGAAAAGAAAGGCCUAAUUACAGUGUUAGUUGGGGCAUCAUAUUUUGCAUUUGUGACAAUCUGGUUGAUGUAAACAUGCUGGUUUAGCAGAAUUAUUUUUUUUUAAACGAAUUUCAUGUGAAGUCAUGCAUUUUUAUGCAUCAAGUCUCUAUUUUAGGAUUGGUUGGGGGGGGGGGGUAAAAGGUCACUUUUGAUUGCAUGCAAGAAAAGGGCAAAAUAUUGUUAAUCUGCAAAUGUUUUUACUGUUUUUAACUAAGUUAUUAAUCGCUAAUGUCAGUGUAUGGUAGCACUGCGUGAACAUGCAAUAAGAUGUGUAUGUAGUUAUUUAUUAGAGUAGAUUAUAUCCAUUCGGGGUCACCAAGUGGAAGGAGGAGGGGAGGGGGGUGUACCAAUGAUAGCAUGGCGGACAUGUAAAAAAAAAUCAUAUUUCUUUGCAGCAUACAGAGCAAUGUAUUGGCAGUAACUGCCUAGUUUGGUCUGUAAACCCAACAGUUCUUUUCAGAACUACCCUCUGCAGGGGGGUCGAAGGGAAAGUUCACUGACCUUUGAACUCUCAGUCAGGGGGUGACCCCAAAAGCUCUUUUCAGAGCUACUUGUAAAUAGUCUUCAUGCAAAGAAAUAAUGAUUUUUUUGUUAUCUUCCUGAUUCUCAUAGAACGUAAAGUGUUUGUGCUUGACACCCCCCUCUUCUUAACAUGCACACCCUGAGGAAGUGUUAACUUUUUCUUAUAACUAGUAUCCAAGGUGCUAAUAGGAUAUGAAGAAAAGUUACACAUUUUACAGAUUCUCUCGCAUUUAUUUCUAGUUUCCACGUAUUCAGCACCACUUUGCCUUUCAAGAAAUAAAGAGACUGAUGAAUUGAGUGAAAUUACUCAUAUUAUCAAUGUUAAAUGAAUCAUCGAGUAAACAUUGACAUAGGUGUAUGGGAAUAUUUUGUGCUUUUAUUUUGAGUUAUUCUUGGUAUUGAAAAAAAUGUUUGUCCUUUGAAUCUAAAAAAGGAAAGUAAAUUUGAUUUAUGCUGAGUAAUGACAAGACUGGGAAUAAAAAGAGAGACCUUCUGUAAAUAGGUCCACUUCUGGAUAAUAAUGAAAUUUUAUGGGCUUCUAAGAAGAUGUUAUUUUGUAAAAAAUGUAAAAUAAUUGUGUCCGUAUUUACUUUGCUAUGUAAUCCUUACAUAUCCAUUUUAGGGAUGAAAUGGCUUGUAAAAUGAAUUUCUUAGAAAUUUAUUAUUGUCCUAUUUGUUGUGGUAUUUGAUGUAAAUAAAUGAGAACAGAUGUAUCUGUUGAAUAAAGAA